GUGCGGCGCAUGCGCUCAGUCACAAGAAAAGGACGCCUACCAUUGGAAAACCGUUGGUACUACAACAUAGGCUUGUUUACCCGCUUGGAUCCAGCACGGUAUACGGCACCACGGAUUUUCUUUGGACGAAAUAAUUCGUAAAUUCGGAGAAUAACUUCAAUGUUGAAUUUAAGAAAAUUCCCAAUUAAGUUUCACGACGGAAAACCAUCACGAGUAUCUGACGAAUUAGAUUGUUAUGUUAAUUAAAACACGUCACUUCCGCACUUUAUUUGCGCCAUUUUGGAGCUUGGAGCUGGUGGUUUCCAGGCUGGUCGCUUCUGUAUUGUCUGUCGGGAGGAGGGAGAGAAUGGGGGACGGAUCAGCCAGCAGCGCUCACACUACCACAGCCCCGCUCCACACGUCCACCGCGGAGCGAGUUUAGUUGUUUUCUAAUCACUGGAAGAAAACCCUGCCCACAACCAGCCGACAAGGGACAGCGGAUACUGGACGACCUGGGCAUGGUUUGAGCGUCCAGAAGAAGGAGAAUAACCCGAGAGAGGAGAUAGGAAAGGCGGCGGAGGAGAGGAGCUCAGGUCGGCGGUGGCUCCGUCUUCACGUAGCCGGGGAUAGGACACGAAAGUCCGGGUUGAUUAUUUACCCUCUCCGCUGUUCUGGAGGAAGGACGGAACAACAGCCGGACCUGAGUCGAGUUGGACCUCCAAGCAGGUGUGCGUCAGGAUGUUCCAGCUGCCUGUCAACAACCUGGGCAGCCUGCGCAAAGCUCGCAAGAAUGUCAAGAGGGUCCUGGGAGACAUCGGGCUGGAGUUCUGCAGGGACCACCUGGAGGACUACAAGGACUACACCCCCCCAGACAUCUACAUUAAGCACACCAACUGGGACGACGUGUGUAUGUGGGAGCCGUCCCACAACAAAGUGCAGGAGUACCGCUCAAAGCCCUUCUGCUGCUCCGGCUGCCCCUUCUCCUCCAAGUACUUCUCGGCCUACAAGAGCCACUUCCGCAACGUCCACAGCGAGGACUUCGAGAGCCGCAUCCUGCUCAACUGCCCCUACUGCACCUACAACGGCAACAAGAAGACCCUGGAGUUCCACAUCAAGCUGUUCCACAUGCCCGCCAACCCCCCCCGGCCCGGCGCCAUGGGGACGGGCGCCGGCGCCGGCGGCCUGAUGAUGACGAAGGACGGCGCGGUGCGGCGCACGGCGGACGGCAGCGUGGAGCAGGCCGUGUACUACUGCAAGAAGUGCACGUACCGGGACCCCCUGUACAACGUGGUGCGCAAGCACAUCUACCGCGAGCACUUCCAGCACGUGGCGCAGCCCUACCUCGCCAAGCCGGGCGACAAGCCAGCCGCCGCCGCCGCCGCCACGCAGAACGGCACUACCUCAGGGGCCGUGGCCGGCCACGCCCACGCCAACGCCCAACACGCCAGCAACAGCAACCAGAUCCACUGCAAGAAGUGCCUGUUCGUGCCGCGCACGUACGAGGCGCUGGUGCAGCACGUCAUCGAGGACCACGAGCGCAUCGGCUACCAGGUGACGGCCAUGAUCGGCCACACCAACGUGGUGGUGCCGCGGCCCAAGCCCAGCCUCAACAUGAUGCCCAAGACCAUCGGCGACAAGACCAUCAUCGGCAUGGGGCCAAAGGGCGCCGUCAUGGCCACCACGCGGCCCAUGGGCUCGCAGCACGCGGGCCGCAUCGUCAUCCCGUCCAAGCCCGGCGCCCACGGGCUGCUGGCCGGGCUGAAGCAGAACACGCUGGGGCUGAAGGCGGGCGCCACGCAGUCGUUCUCGGUGGGCGGGCAGCAGGUGCGGAUCACGCUGCCCGGGAACGCCCAGGUGUCGGUGCCGCAGCAGUCGCAGGCGGCCAAGCAGCUGCUCACGGGGGGCAACAUGCGGAGCCUGGUGAGCGCGUCGCUGAAGGCCAACCCGCUGGGGGCGCGCGUGCAGGCGGCGGCCACCACCGUGGCCUCGGUGGCGGGCAAGAAGGGCGGCUCCUCGGUGCUGGGCAACUCGUACACGCAGAAGUGGAAGAUCUGCACCAUCUGCAACGAGCUGUUCCCGGAGAACGUGUACAGCCUGCACUUUGAGAAGGAGCACAAGGCGGAGAAGGUGCCCGCCGUGGCCAACUACAUCAUGAAGAUCCACAACUUCACCAGCAAGUGUCUGUACUGCAACCGCUACCUGCCCAGCGACACGCUGCUCAACCACAUGCUGAUCCACGGCCUCUCCUGCCCGCACUGCCGGGCCACCUUCAACGACGUGGAGAAGAUGGUGGCGCACAUGCGCAACUCGCACCCCAACGAGCCCUUCGUCGCCCGCACUGACUCUCCCCUGACCUUCGACCUGACCCUGCAGCAGGGGAACCCCAAGAACGUGCAGCUGAUCGUGACCACCUACAACAUGAAGGACGCGCCGGAGGAGUCGGUGGCCUUCCACGCCCAGAACAACGCCACGGCCGCCGCCACGGCCGGCCCCGCCGCCGCCUCCGCCUCCGCCACCUCCCUGACGCCCAGCAAGCGCUCCACGCCACAGACGCCCCCCAAGGCGCCCCCAGAGGCCGCCGACGGCGCCACGCCCAAGAACGCCAGCCAGGCCGCCGUGCCUUACAAGAGGGACGUGGGCAAGACGCUGUGCCCGCUCUGCUUCUCCAUCCUCAAGGGCCCCAUCUCGGACGCCCUGGCGCACCACCUGCGGGAGCGGCACCAGGUGAUCCAGACGGUGCACCCCGUGGAGAAGAAGCUGACCUACAAGUGCAUCCACUGCCUGGGCGUGUACACCAGCAACAUGACGGCCUCCACCAUCACCCUGCACCUGGUGCACUGCCGCGGCGUGGGCAAGACCCCCAACGGCCAGGACAGCCGGCCCUCGCCCUCGGCCCGCGUCACGCAGGCCCAGACCAACGCCCUGAAGCGGGCCGGCUUCGAGGGCGUGGAGGGCGCCGCGGCCGCCGACGCACCCCCGGAGCCCAAGCGGAGGAGACCCGGGCCGCCCGGGAAGAGGGCGCACCCGCCGGGCACCUUCGUGGAGAACCCGGACGAGCCGGUGGUGCUGGCCCUCGACCCCAAGGGCCACGAGGACGAGUCGUACGAGUCGCGGAAGGGCUUCCUCACGCAGUACUUCAACCAGCAGCCCUACCCCACGCGGCGCGAGGUGGAGAAGCUGGCGGCCGGCCUGUGGCUCUGGAAGUCGGACAUCGCCAGCCACUUCGUCAACCGGCGCAGGAAGUGCGUGGCGGACUGCGAGACGCAGGGCACCGGCGUGUUGCUGGGCUUCGACGCGCUGGAGGCGGGACGCCUGACCCACGGGCUUGCGCUCGCCCCCGUCUGCGGCGCCGGGGACGUCAGCGCCCCCAGCCGGACCUCCCGCACCUCGGUGGGCGUGUCGGAGCUGGCGCGGCGGAGGCGGGGCGAGCUGCGGGCGUCCAACGGCGUGGCGGCGCCCCGCCCCCAGCCCCGGCCGUCCAGGACCCCGCCCAGGGCCAAGGCCACGGCGCCGGGGGCCCCCGCCACCCCGGGGGGCCGCGGCCGGGAGCCGCAGACGGAGACCAUCAAGAGGACCCUGCAGCAGAUCCAGCCCCUGAACCUGUCGGAGCCCAUCGCCAUCGACUCGUCGGACUCGGACAGCCCCGCCGAGGGAAGCGGUAGCCAGGGCAACGACACGUCGGCCAGCUCCAAGGAGGAAGGGGAGGCGAGGGGGGCCCCCAAGGCCGCCUCGGACGGAGACUCCGACGACGAUGAGGAAGACGACGACGAGGACGACGACGAGGACGAGGAUGACGAGGAGGAGGAGGAGCAAGGAGGGGGAGCAACCCCGGCACCCCCGCCACCGCCGGUGGAGAACGGCUUCGCGGCGAAGGCGAAGGCCGUGGCGGAGCGGCCCGCGGCUAAAGCCAGCCUGCCCAUCAUCAUCCCCAAGUUCGUACCGUCGGCUCGGAGCGGGAGGACCCGGUCCCAGCUGGGGAAGCAGCAGGUCUGACCCACAGAGACACAGAGAGACACAGACAGACACACGGGGAGAGAGAGAGAGAGAGAGAGAGGGAGAGAGAGAGAGAGACGGAGAGGAGGGAGAGCUUGAGAAUGAACUCAAUGCCGAGGACUCUGCCUCACCUGAGCUGGGAGAGAUCCCCCGGCCAGCGGGGGCUGCACUGAGCGGUGUCUCUGGAGAGCGAGAGAGAGAGCUCUUCCUAAAAGCCAUCCAAACCGACUGACUUGGCGACCAACGGGAAGCUAGCCUAGUUAGCACUGACUGACUUAAAGGCAAACAGGAAGCUAGCCUAGUUAGCACUGACUGACUUAGCGGCCAACAGGAAGCUAGCCUAGUUAGCACUGACUGACUUAACGGCAAACAGGAAGCUAGCCUGGUUAGCACUGACUGACUUAGUGACCAACAGGAAGCUAGCCUAGUUAGCACUGACUGACUUAGCGGCUAGCCUCGUUAGCCUUGCCUGACCUAGCGGCUUACCGGAACCUGGCCUCGUUAGUGCUGACCAACUUGGCGACCAACGGAAAGCUAGCCUAGCUAGCACUGACUGACAUAGCGGCUAACUGGUAGCUAGCCUUAGUUAGCAUUGGCUGACUUGGCGGCUAACGGGAAGCUAGCCUGUUUAGAACCGACUGACUUAGCGGCUAACCGGAAGCUAGCCUAUUUAGCACUGACUGACUUAGCGGCUAACUGGAAGCUAGCCUAGUUAGCGCUGACUGACUUGGCGGCCAACAGGAAGCUAGCCUAGUUAGUGCUGACUGACUUAGCGGCUAACCGGAAGCUAGCCUGGUUAGCACUGACUUACUUAACGGCAAACAGGAAGCCAGCCUGGUUAGCACUGACUGACUUAGUGGCCAACAGGAAGCUAGCCUAGUUAGCGUUGACUGACUUAGCAGCUCACCGGAAGCUAGCCCCGUUAGCAUUGACUGUUCUAGCGGCUAACCGGAAGCUAGCCUUAGUUCGCACUGACUGACUUAGAGGCUAACCGGAAGCUAUCCUCGUUAGCAGAUUGAAAUCUAAAUACGAUGUUUGAACCCCUUGCCGUGCGGGGGGGGGGGGGGGGGGGGGGGGGGGGCCUUUCACCAAACACUGAGGAACUAUUUCUUACAUCUCCUGUAUGCUCGGCUACACAGAAGCACUCGUUCAUGUCGCUGUGCCCACCUAGUGGUGGGGGGCUUAGUGUCGGGGGUCAACCCCCAGCUCAGACUCUCCUGAUGCGGUGGUUUUCGUGUGGCGUCGCUCGGAGCGAUAGUGUAUAUUUGUACAGUCUUUUUAGCCAUGUUUGGACAACACUCGCCAUACAUGAACUUAACAUAUUUGCUAUUUCCCGUGUACAUGCUAGGCCUCCUGUCCCACAUUGGUUCCUAGACCGUAUCGUUGCUUUGGUGGCUGGUAUUUUUCUGUAUGUUUAUUUUUUAAACAAAAAACCCUAGUUUUUUGGCUAAAUAAUAUAUCUAUAUAAAUGCAAAACUUAAAUAACGAGAAAUGUUCCUGCUUCCUUUUUUUGUUUUUCUUCGCCGUUAACCUUUAUAUAUAUUUUUUUAAUUUGCAGUUGAUUUGGGUUUUAUUGAAGCGGAAACGGGUUGUGUAACGAGGUUGUGUAACGGGGUUGUGCGCACUCUGUGGGUUGCGUUAGCUUCUCGUUAGCGCAGCAGCUAACCCUACUGGUCUCCUCACCCCUGUGGACCAUGUGACCUUUAUAUUGCCCUCCCGUGAUGGUGGCCCACUGUCACGACCCCCCCCCCCUACCCCAAUAAAAAACGCAGCCUAGAACUUGACCCUGUGAGGCCAUGCCGUGUUUUACUUUGUGAUCUUCAGGAUGGUGUACAUUGGUUGCAUUAUUGUUUUGAUUUUUCACUGAGGCUUUUCUGAAUAAUAAAGUGCUGUAUUGUGCUUCUCACGCUGACCUCAA